UCCUUUUGCAGCAUCCAUGUAAUGGAUAAGCAAGUCUAAAAAUCUCAACCUAAAACUUUUUCCUAUUCUUUCUUUCUAAUCUUAUUGAUGAUUAUGCAAGUUUCUUCCACCCCCCUCAAUUUCUAGUAUUAAUCCUAAUGAUUAAUCUGAAACACAUAAUUUAUGCAAGUUUAAUCUCCUCCAGCUUCAAGAUUUGGAUUCAAUCUCAACAAAUCUAAUCGUUCGGUACAUGACAGAUCAGACAUUGAUCCAAGGAAUCAGAUCUCUUGAGGCACUAGAUUUGACUAACAAGAUUAAUCGCCAUUAUGUUCGUGAUCAUCUUGUCUUGUCCUGUUCGCAACAAGAACAUCUAAAGGAUCCAUUGAGAGAACAAUUCGUUGAGAAACCUACCAGAUUUUUGGAGCACCCAUUUUUUUGGGACUCCAAAAAAUCAUUGGAUUUUCUCCAUGUUGUUGGUGAAUACCUUGAUAAGGUGUACCAUAGCAAGGCUUAUGAUUUCAAGCCAUUGCAUCCUGUGAGCCGUCGAGUUAAUGCUUUUAUCCAUGAUUUAAACAAGCUAAACGUAACUGGUUGGAGGGAUGAAUUACCUAAUUGUAUUCUAGUGCGAGGUGCAAAGAGCCGGAGAUUUCAUAACCCUCAUCACAGAGGUGCUACGAUUGGCUUAAUCUCAUGCGUUAGAAACUGUGAAACCUAUUGGGAUCAGUUUAAUGUUGACGAUCUGGUAAUAAUUAUGAAGUUUUUAUAUACUUUACUAGGUAUCACCUCGGCUUACGGCCGAGGCUCAACCUCUUCAUUUGAUUUGUGUUAUAUGACCUUUUUGUUUAUCUAGCAUGUCGGUUUUCUUUAGAAAAAACAAAUUAAACAUCAUGAUUUUUAAUUUUUCCCUAUGGUGUAUGAAAAUAGUAUGCUAGGUUUUGUUUAGAUAAAACAAAUUAAACAUCUCAUCUUUUAAUUUUUCCGUUAUGGUGUAUGAAUAUUAGUACAUUUGGGUAAA